AUGGUGAAUGUGAAGAAAGGCGUGCUCGUUUCGAGCGAUCCGGCGUUCCGUCAGCUGCUCAUCCAUCUCGACGAUUCGAGACAGCUCGGCUCGAAGUUCAUCGUCCGGGAGCUCGACGACACGCAUCUGUUCAUCGAAAAGGAAAUCGUGCCAAUGCUGGAGAGCAAGAUCGAAUCGAUCAUGGAGAACAUGAAUCCGGAGCUCAACGACAAAUAG